AUGUCGACGGCAUUUCUGAUGGACAGCUUAUUGCAUGCACAGCAGCAAAGUCAGCUAAAGUCGAGUCUGAGCGAAAUGCUGCUAAGUCGCGCAGCUAGCGAGGAGGAGCAAGAGGCUGAGGCCGAGGCCGAGUCGGAGUCCGUAACUGAGGCAGCCACCACAUGUGGCUGCAACGCGCGCUACAAGUGCGUCAAGUGUCGCGAACAGCGUGCGGAAAGCGUUGAUAGCAUUGAGGAAAUGGAUUUGGAAAUGGAGCUGGAUGAGGAGGACGAAGAUGAUGAUCCUGAGGUGCUCGAUGCCGAGGAGCUGCCCAGCGAGGCGCCACUCAAAAUGCCCAAGCUGGAGCCCAAGCAGACCAGAAGCUCGCCCAGCAGCGCCACCACCACCAUACUCAAGGACAACAACAGCAAGCCCAUACUCAAGUUUAGCGUUUCCGCCAUCCUGGGCGAUACGCGUGAAGGAGUGCGCGUACGCAACGAGUUUAUGCAGCCGCAGCAUAUAUGGCCUUAUCUACAACAAAACUUUAUGCAACAGCACUCACAUCAAUAUGCGCAGCAGCAGCAUCAGCAGCACACGCCGCCAACGCAUCAUCAGCACCAUCAGCAGCAGCAGCAGCAGCAGCAUCCACAUCAGCAACACCAUCAUCCAUCGUUGCCACUGCCAUUGCAUCCGCAUCAUGUGCACCAUGCACACUUUCCGCAUCCCGCAUUUCUAACGCAUCAGCAGCACCAACACCAACAACAUCAACAGCAACAACAGUCGCACGGCAAUAGUUGUCAACCGCAAACCACAUUGACGACGGCCGCAUCCUCGUCGUCACCUGGCAGCACAAUUAGUGAUAGCGACAACAAUCACAUCAACAACAACAACAACAGCAACACCAAUAACAACAACAAUAGCAGCAGUAGUAGCAGCAAUAGUCUGUUGGAUGCUCGACCGCAUGAUGGCAGCGACCAAGACAACAGCAAUCGAAGAUUAACGCAAGAAAAGCAACAACAGCAACAGCAGCAGCAACAUCAGCAGCACCAGCAACAGUUGCUAAGUGGUCAAGCAGUCAACCCGCCAACAGCAGCGUCUGGCAUGCAUCCAGUUAUAGCCAAGCCUAUGCCGAGUCGGCCCACACCCUUUCUACCCCACACGCUCAAUCAUCCGCAUUUGCAUUCGUUGCUGGCACAUUGUCGCAAUCCCUACAUGAGUGUUGGCGCUCAAGUGUUUCCCCUGCCGCCGGGUCAAGGCUUUCCCUGGGCGCAUUCGACACGUGGCAAGCCACGGCGUGGCAUGAUGCGUCGUGCCGUUUUCUCAGAUUCACAGCGCAAGGGACUGGAGAAGCGCUUUCAGCAGCAGAAGUACAUAAGCAAGCCGGACCGCAAGAAAUUAGCCGAAAGACUGGGCUUAAAAGAUUCUCAGGUUAAGAUUUGGUUUCAAAACCGCCGCAUGAAGUGGCGCAACUCCAAGGAGCGAGAACUGCUGGCUAAUGGCGGCUCACGUGAUCAGACGCUGCCCAACAAGAACAAUCCCAAUCCGGAUCUGUCGGACGCCAAGUGCGAUCGACCGUUGACGCCGCUUUCGCCGCCGCUACUCUCGCCCAACGGCAGCGCCAGCUCACCCCCACCCCAGACGUCUGUUACUACAAAGGAUGAGCCAGGAGCAGCAGCUGUCACGCCCAAGUCACCGUUGACUGACGGCAGCUCACCCAGGCCACAGCCCACACCUCCCGCCGCCGCCUCCUAUGGUUGCCUGCAGAUUAGCUCACCGCCGCCGUUGCUCAAUAGCCUUAAAAUGAGCGAUCAAUCAGCUGGAGCUACGCCUAGUGCCACGCCCACCACUACCACAGUAUCUUCGGCUGCCUCCUCGCCACCCUGUGGCGUUGAGUUUCAGGCCAAGCUCAAUGCCGAGAUGCAGAAGCAACUAGUGGCCGCCGAUCUCAAGUUCAAGCUCGAGUCCAGCAUCCAGGAAGCCAAGCAGCGCCGCUUUGAGCAACUGCAGCAGCAGCUGCAUCAUUCGCCACACUUCAGCGCCAUGCGUGAGGUCGAGCUUGCCGCUGCGGCCGCUGCUGCCCAACUGCAUCAUCAUCAUCAUCAACAACAGCAACAGCAGCAGCAGCAACAGCAGCAGCAGCAGCAGCAACAACAGCAGGCCACGCCCUCUGCUGAGUUUAUGAAACUGUAUUACGAUGACUACGAAGAUUCCAAUUCGGAUAGCGAUGAGGAGAUUAGCGUGACGUGAUCACCAAGCUUAAGUCCAAGCUUGCUGUAAAUAAACUUAAACACACAGUCGACUUUUAAUUGUAAUUA